CGUACCUGUACAUGUACUCGGAAUUGGUUCAGCGUGGAUCGCCAAUGCUACGCGGAGGCUCAAUUCGCGAGGGACCCCAGCAAGGCGGUUCCACGACUUCCGGUUGCCGAAAAGGGAAAUACCCGAAAUAGGGAAAGGGGAUCGCGACGACAUAAAUAUGACGAACCACAGACUUUUCACAAUGGACUUUCUCUUCUAAUCGAGUAAAUUGUCAAGAUGUUACUCACAUUAUCCUAUCUUCUAUCUCUUAGUCUGCUGGCAAGCGGGAGCCACGCUAGCCCUUUACAUAGGUCAAAAUGUCGGGCUGUUCCCGAAGGCUUUGUCGCUGUCGAUGAGGGAAAGUUCCGACUUGAUGGGGGGGACUUCAAUUUCGCUGGGAGCAAUGCGUAUUACUUUCCCUUUAAUAGUAACGCGACUGAUGUCGAACUCGGACUUGCCGCCGCUAAAGAUGCAGGCUUAAAAGUCUUCCGCACGUGGGGUUUCAAUGACAAAAACGUUACCUUCAAUCCCGAAGGCUUACCCCAGUACGGCGGCGAAGGCGCGGGUGCGACAGAAACCGUAUUCCAAUGGUGGGCAAAUAGCACCUCCACUGUCAACAUCACCGACUUCGAUAAAGUAGUUGACGCUGCUACCAAAGUUGGCAUCAAGCUCAUUGUCACCUUUACUAAUAACUGGGCCGACUACGGUGGAAUGGACGUUUUUACUAUCAACCUAGGCGGAAAGUACCAUGACGAUUUCUAUCGCCUACCACAAAUCAAAGACGCCUACAAGCGCUACAUCGAGCAAUUCGUCACCCGCUACAAGGACUCACCAGCAAUCAUGGCAUGGGAACUCGCCAACGAACCACGCUGCGGCGCCGACGCAAAGCGUAACCUCCCCGUAAGCAACAACUGCACCACUGCAACCCUAACAUUCUGGAUCGACGAAAUGAGUACCUUCAUCAAGUCCCUCGAUGCCAACCACUUAGUAACCUGGGGCGGAGAAGGCGGUUUCAGCCACGCCAACGCCUCCGACUCACUCUACAACGGAUCUGAUGGCGGAGACUUCGACGCGAACAUUGCGUUACCGAAUAUCGAUUUCGGAGUCUUUCACACAUACCCAGAUUGGUGGACCCGAACGCCCGCCUGGGCGUCUCAAUGGAUUCGGGACCACGCCGCGGCAGGCCGGGCGGCAGGUAAGCCCGUCGUGCAUGAGGAGUACGGGUGGAUGACCCCCGAAGCGCGCGCUCAGAAUGGCAUUCCGGCAGUUAAUGAGACUAGGGUUGCGGUGGAGGGAGAGUGGCAGAAGAUAAUGUUAGAGGAGGGCGUGCCGGAUAUGUAUUGGCAAUUCGGCUUUUCGGGGUACUCGUAUGGACGGAAUCAUGAUGAUGGAUUUACGAUUUUCCUGGAUGAUGAGGAGGCAAAGACGUUGGUGUAUGAGCACGCGAAGGCUGUAAAUAGUCUUUGAAGACAGAU